CGACGUGAAGAAUAAUCACACACACACGUUUCGUGCACCCAGACAUCACAUAAACCCAGAUAUCGUCAAACCCUAUCCCCUCACGCACAGUCUCUCUUUCUCGAAUCAUCAGCUCCCCAAUUCGAGCCCUAACCCUAAAAUUGAAUUCCAAUUCAGCAUGAAAAUAAGAGCUAGGGUUCCUCUCUAUUCCCCAAAUCCACUAGACGUUAUUGGAUGACCACCAAAAUUGCUUCCUGUUUCACGAACCCUAAUCACACGUGCUCUCUCUGUGACUCUUUUUGAGUUCCUCGUUUGUUUCAUGGAGGGCCCUGUGGUUGAGGAUCUCGGAGCACCUGAUUCAUGGGAGGUGGCGGAUUUGGACGCGAAUUUGAGCAGAUUGAUGCUCAGAGACUCCAAUUCCUCGAAGAAAGCUUCAUCGGAGUCGCUCUCAGCUGAUUCCUUGAACUCAGCUUCCGUAUCUGGUUCUUUUUCGUCCACUUCGGCUGGUACUGAGAAGGUCUCGCAGGAUGCCAUCAAUCAGGUGGAUCAGUUCCUCCGCGAAGCUCUGCAGAACCCUCGAGAGCGUCUUUCUGUUCUCCGGAUGGAGCAAGCUGUUGAAAAGUUUAUUCGUGAUCCUAAUCAGCAGCAGUUAGAGUUUCCACAGCUGCCUACUUCAUAUUUACGGUUGGCUGCACACCGCGUGGCACAGCAUUACUCACUACAUUCUAUGGUUUUAUCAGAUAAUAAUCUAUCUGACAGUUCUGGAUCUAGAAUUAUUGUCUGCAAGACUUCUGAGUGUAGGCUUCCUAUGAUUCGUCUGGCUGACAUCCCUGUAAAUUUGUCGUCUGAAGACAGUGGUGUUGUCAAGGUUGCAAUUAAACAAAGGCCACAGAAACAAUCACAAACUUUCAGCAACUCAAACUCUUCGAAGAAAAACAAUUCCAGAAGUGUGGAGGAAAGAAAAGAGGAGUAUAAUCGGGCUCGUGCUCGGAUAUUUAACUCCAGUAAUUCUAAUGGUGGCAGCAGCAAACUGGAAAUUGAGCCAAAAUUGCCAGACACUUCUCAGCAUGCUUCCUCGGGGAUAUCGAGGUUGGAACAAAAGUCCUUUUCUGGGUUACCUGAUGUAAAUUCAGGGAGGUGCUUGAUUGAAUCUUCUACAAGUAGCAGUAGAUCUACUAGAGGUAGGUCUGAGAAGGACCCUGUUGGUAGGUACAAACCAAAUAAUAGGGUGGCUAUUUUUCGUGACCGUGAAGUUGAGCGCACGGAUCCUGAUUAUGACAGGAGCUAUGAUAGGUAUAUGCAAAGAUUUGACCCUGGAUUUGGAUUUAGUGGAGGGUCAUAUACCAUGCAGCCUAUGUACACUCCUGCUGUAACCUAUAACUCAGAAUUUCCACAACUUGGAUCGACCCAUAGGCCUCAUAUAUCUGUGGAACAUCAGUCACGGCAGCUCCCUCAACAUUUACCUGGGCCUUGGACUGCCCCAUCAUCUCCUGCUGGAAUCGGCUAUGGUCAUCCAGAAACAAUAAUGACGUCAUUUAAUCCGAAUCAUGUUGGUUCACACACCACAUCCGCAAUAUAUAUGCAUUCCUCCCAGUAUCAGCAUCCUGGAUUGCCUUACAUGCAUCAUGAACAUGUUCACCCUCCUUUUUCACAGUCUCAUCAACAGCAACCUGAUACAAGUUUCGGAUUAGCCCGGCCCCGUUGAGGGGCGUGGGCCAUGCCUGCACUCUGCCAGCUGGACGGUUAAAGUAUGAUUGAUGCGCCAUCUGUUAUUGUCAACUGGCUGGGGUGCAGGCAUAGAGAGCCAAGGUGGACUGGUGUGGAUGUAUUGCUUUAUUGAACAAUGGAAUUGAUCCAUUCCACUAUACUUGGUUCUAAGCUUCUUCACAUCUUUGAACAAUGGUGAAGAAGCGCAAGGGUGUAGCAGAUACUUUGUUUUUGUCAGGGCUGUGUGCUCUGUUUCCAUAAUGAUGAUGAUGAAGAAUGAAACCUGAAACAAUUAGUAGAGCUGGUAACGUAGAUCUCACUACAAAUGAAGCGAUGCUAUGCUUUUGAAGAAUUAAUCUGUAAUGGCUGGCAAUUCACAUUUGGCUUUUUGGAGUUUUGGGCUCCAGCAGUCUCCCACCUGAAGCUUUUGUCGUUGGUCGUUAUCCCUCCUCUUGAAUAUCAGCCCGCAUUAGAAGAAAAUAAAGCACCACCAUAGCAAAUUAGUAAUACUAGUUUGGACUCUAAUAUUUUAUCUAUUUCACUGGCUCUCAGUCACCUUCAGUUCUCUGAACAUAUUCUCAACUAAUAGCAUAAAUGGUUGAUUUCUGCAUAUUGUCAUGUUGUUUCUGGGGCUUUGCUUGCGUCACUAGUUGAAGGUUUGUUACUUAGAAGUAUUGAUCAUUUCUUGUACUGGCGUUAACAGGAGUAGUGUCAUACGUGGUCAGGAAGCGGGGUUGUUUGAGCAUGAGGUGCUACCAUCACAACUGGGCAGCAACCCUUGUAUUGUGUUUGGCUAAUGAAAAAUCAUUUAAUUAAUCUA